AUAAUCGAACACACACAACACAUUGAACCUAGCUCGAGGCUAGUUGAUAUUGGACUCGCUUUUCUACUCGAAAAACUUGUUGUUUUGUAAAUCGGACUUCUGCUACCUCCCGUACCUCAAAAGAUCGUUCCAUGUCUCAAAGUAUAUCAAAUCGUCGUCAGCAGCGGCGUCCCGAAAACAAAACCAAUUCCAAGCCAAGUGUACUUUCCGUGUCACAAGAUGUAAGCUUCAACUCGAGCAGUGAAAUAGUUGAAUGGGAUCGGGAGUUAUAUGAUCGGAAAAGGGAGACUAUUCGCCAACAUGAUCAUCGAAAGUUUGCAUCUAACCUAAACACAUCUGAAGGCAGUAAUUCUAGUCUAUAUAAGAAAUGCAAGAAACGUGCGGAUGUUUAUGUUGAGCAGGUUAUUGCAGAGCAGGAUGCGGCUUAUACUCAUAAUAUACCGCAUAAUAUGGCCAUAAGAAAUUUCAUACGCAAAAUUGAUCCCGAAACUUUUACCGAUGAAACUUCAUUGACAAAUCGUGAAAAAGCCGAAGUCUCGAAGUCUAAAGAUUCCAGCACAAAAAAGAUAGAGGGAACAGCAGAUGAACAACAGAGUUCGUCAAGAAAGGAACAAUCUGACACAGAAUUAAGUCAAGUUACGCAAACCUCGAGUGAUGAGUCGAAAACUUUCAGUCAGAUCUAUAGUGAAAUUUGCGAGGAGUCACGAGCCCGUCAGAAAAAAGCUGAGCAGAUCUAUCGAAUAAUUACCCAUAAGGAAACAAAUCAAAGCGAAAACUUUUUCAGAUCGAAAUCCAGAGAACGUACAGCCCGAUGGGUGCAUAACUUAGGCGAGCUCCGUAAAGACGGUGAGAGCACUACAACAGAGACCUCAAAUGAAAGUGAUAAGGAAUCGGAAUAUCGUCAAUCAUCAACGAAUGAUCAUUAUUUCAACGAGGAUGGGUGUAAAUACCUAUUGCCCGAAGAGUCGGACAUGAUUGAUAGCUUUAAGCAGGCCUUACGUUCUGGCUACAGAAAGAGUUUUUUCGAAUACAUAGCAGAGAUGAAAAAUGUUCAAUCAGAGUGUCAUGAACCUGCCAAGGGCCACUCAAGCCACUCGGAAUUUAAAGGCUCUACUCGUGAGCGAAAUAGCAUCAAAUCCGAGAGCCAUGCUGAGCUCCGAAGUGAAAUGUCUGAGGGCAGUGAGAAGCCUCGUGCACAGUCUCUACAAAACUGCUCAAAGUUAACCGAGAAUGAAGUUGGAAAAUCCAAGGUGCUGCAAUUUGAACAUUGUGAAAUUUAUAUACGUUCUCCGGAACCCUUACCGAAAACUCCAACUAAAGCUGGUUCCUCUGUUCGUACCGAAGGCAGCAAUCAAAUGAAUUCAAGCCAGGAAAAGUCUGAAAAAUGCUUAGAUAUAAAGGAAUCUGGUAGUAAGAGCAAAAAAGUAAAUUCAAGUACAAACAAAGUACAAAGUUCCUUAAAAUCUGCUCCAGGGCGUAAGACCAGGAAGUCGGAUACCAAACAAAAUGCGGUUUAUCAGAAGCAAUUUAAAGAAAAUAGCUCUGUUGAUUAUGCUAAUCACAAGACUGAGGACGAGCCCAGCUCUGGGAAGAACGACAUUUGGCAGCAAAACGAAGCAAAUAGUUCGACUUAUUCUCUAGAAUCUCGUAAAGAGAUAAUAUCCCAAAGAAGUGAAUAUAAUGAAAACUUUGAGCAAGCCGGGGAGGUCAUGAGCAAUACUUCUUUAAAUUCAGCAAAACGCGUUGUCAGCAAAAGUGAAAGGAGUAAACAAUAUGAAGAAAAUACUUCAAAUAUUUCAUUCGAAGCUAUAGAAGAAGAACUUUGGAAUAGCAGUGCAUAUAAAAGUGAUGCUGAUCAUGUAGAGGAAAUUCAAGAUAAUUCCAUAGAUUUCUCCCUGAGUCACGAAGACGAGUCUCAAGCAUACAGCUCUCAGCAUAUAUCAAAUAUCACCCAUAAUUCAUCGAGUGAUGUGGAGGAGCAAAGCCAGAAGAGCUUCAGCAAGGAUGGGAAAUUGAAAUGGGUGGCUCAAUUGGCAAGGUUUUUAUCACCGCACAUUGAACGACGUAAGUUUUUGAUGCCAAAGGAUUUUCAAAUGCUCAAUGCUGAUAAACAUAACGAAAUUGAGCGCUCUGAAUCGUGUGCCAUACGCAAGUCCCGUCGAUCCCAGCACAGGCUCAAUAAAUCGGAGAGCGGAUCGAUCGCUAGUCACAAAUCGCUGCAGUCCGCAAUGAACUCGACAUGGCCCACUGAACGAUCCACUAGCGAUAUGCAUGCGUAUUACAAUGAGACUAAUGACUGCUCUUUGACAUACGAUAAUGAUAGCGGCGAUGAUUAUUACUUAAGCAGCCAGAAUACGAGUGCAAACACUUCUCUAAUUAGCAGCACACUCUCCAUGCCAAAUGUGACCAAGAAAUAUCGUGAUCGGGCGAGCAGUCCCAUACAAGUUAUCUACAGCGAUCACAGCGAUAGCUAUGAGAGGACGGCUCGACUGGAGAAGAUUGGCUAUCAUAAGCCGGGCGAUCGCAAAGCACGAGCGAGGGGCAGAAGAAUGAAGAGUGAGCAGCUGUCGGAGGAGCGCUCUCAGACAAGCAUUGCCAGCGAGGAGAAAGGAGUUCAGUAUCCCAGCGACGAUGAGCUGAACGGCUCGGCUAAGAACAGUACGAAAUCACCGAAGAUAAGCAGCCGGGAUGAGGCACUGCCAAAAGUGCCCAAAGCUGGCAAGGGCAAGCAGAAAAAGACCGGAAGUAGCUCCAACAGCAGCAGCUGCCAUUCGCUGCCAGCUGACAACAGUGGAAACAGCAGCAGCAGCACAACGAACAGCAGCGACUACAGCAUUUGCAACUAUGUGCCCAGCGUACGGUUCUAUCGGCGCAGCGAGCCCGAGGAAGAUGUCGUCAUGGAUCUCGCUCACAACGAUAAUGAUCCGCCGGCUCUGACCUAUAAGAAGCAUGUGGCACGCCUCGCUGAGCAUGCACUGCGCACUUGCACCAACUACUACAAGGAGAGCGUCGAGCACAGCCCCGAGCUGGAGGAGGACAUAGCCACAAAGGUGGGCAUGCUGUAUAAUGCGGAGACAAAGUUCAAUACGACGCAGCGCCUCGAGAAGCGGGAGGAUCUGCUGCAGCAGUUCAAUGCGCAGUUGCACGAACAGCUCAAGCUAGUUCCGCCCAACGUUCAAUGAUCAGUUUUACACACACACACACACACA